AACGGUAUAGCUCGUACUGUUAUGUGCUGCCCCAAAUCAUGCCGAUUCGGCACUGAAAUUUCUUUAACCGUGUGUGCGUGUGCCGUGUGGUGGCUUGUAAACUGGCGUUUGAUCACCUGGCUAUCUCGAAGAGAAAAACACAGCUAGCUAGUCGGUACAGACCACAUCCAACGGUCUUGGUUGUGUGCUAGCUCUUGCCUUGCAUCAGCCAAAAGUGACAGGUUUUUCAGCAGGUGAUCGAAUCGAUUCCAUCGAUGGAGAAGAUAAUGGAGCAGGAGGGGACGUUGCAGAGACAGCGGGCGUCGGUGCCGGCGUUCGGCGAAUGGGACCAGAUGAAGGCCGCCGGCGUUCUGCCUGACUACUCCAUGGACUUCACCAAGAUCCGCGCCGCCAGGAUGCAGCGCAAAAGCAUGCCCUCCCUCUGGUCCAGCGCCGGCAGUGCACCAGAGGUUGUGGGCGGCGGCGACGACGACGAUCGGAACCACGUCAAGCAGCACUCCGAGCACGGGGACGACGAUCGCCGCCACUGCCACCACCGCCGCCAGCACAGCGACGGCACCGACCUCCGCCGGCCGCUCCGCCCAGAAGCACCCAAGGCGAGGAGCAAAGUGAAGGACUAUCUGUUUGGUUGCGUGGGUGGAUGGUGAAACCGAGGUUGCACCUGUACCAAGAACCAUCUCGCCAAUCGAUCAAGAAACGGAAAUAUGUACAGGAACGGGAAAUGGAGUUCUCUGCUACUGGGUUUGUCGUCUCACCAAAAACAUGUGAUUUGUGCGUGCUGAGUAUGGGUGUCGACAAGUGUGCUUUAUUUUUUCAACUGGUUGAAAGUACGAGAGCCAUUUCGGAAUUUGCUCUGUA